UAUAGUUUAUUUGCAAUGUAACUUUUCACAUUUGUAUUCAAGCUGUGUAAUAUGUGUUCUUAAAGUGACGAAUGCGUGGUUGUUGAAUAUUUCCUAUGGGACCAAUGUCCUGCGGAGGUGAAGGCACCGGGCAAUUAUUGUCACAGUAAUUAAACAUUGCUACUGCUUUUCAAUUGAUGAUAAAGAUUUAGAGUUUGGAGGACAUAAAUAAUGUUACACUUGACAUGCAGACAUUGGAUUUGAUGCAGUGGUCUCAGUCUCAGCCAGUUUCGAGCAAACUGGAACAUGACCCUUUUCCCUCUGCAUCAAGAAGCAGCCUGUAGAAUGAAUGCUGAGUAUGCCAUGAAAGAAAUUAUUUUUAUUAUUAACCAGGUUGUGACCCUGGAUUUGAUCGAAUCCAUCCAUUACCCUCCAGCCAGGCAAUAUUGUCCAGGGAGGUGCCCAGGUCACUCUGGAGCACAGAAUAAAAAGAGGCAAAAGCAGAGCACUCAAACACUUUAUUCUCCUGUAUGUAUUAAAUGGAUGCACAGAGCAGCACUUGGUUGCAACUUUUUCCCAAUAAAUGCAUUAAGCCAUUUGCAAUUUACAAAUGGAAAGGAAGACUGUUUACAACAGGGAUCCAAUCUCUUCUUAUGAAGCAUGCUUUGACUCACAGUAUAAAAGGUAGCCAGACAUUCCCAUAUCCAUUGAGAAUAGAAAGCAGAGUAAAGGAAAACAAUCACAUCAAACGCAUGACUGCACAGAGGAUGCCAUGCAUUGUUAAGCAAGUGAAGAGAUCCCAGCACACGGGGGGUUAAGGCUGCUAUUCCAGCCAGCUUUUCUGCACAGUGCAUCAUUUCAUAGUACAAUCUCUCAGCGGUGCUCUCAACCUAAACAAAGCAAGAACAAGCAGGAUGAUAAUCGUAGCCUUACUGAGAAAAUUGCUAUUGUUUCCGAUGCAGACAAACAGUGGCGUGAAGGCCUGAUAAGUGUUUACAUCAUAGCAGUAGAGCAAUUAAUCUGCAGCAUGGAUCGCACUGACAACUCUUCAGGUUGUUGCAGUUCCUGUUGCAGUAUUAAUAUUUAUCCUUAGAGGUUCUGGGAGAGGAUGAGAUUCUUGUUUUUUACUCCAUUCUAUUCUUAUGCAUAUUUAGAUGGCAGGCUGAUUUGCAUCUCGGAGAAACAAUGAGGAAGGAAUGUUUUUUUUAAGAUUCUCUCAUCUCUAUGCAUGUAUCGUGCAUCCAUUUGGCUAACUAUUUUGAGAAUCUUUUUCUGCUCCUCCCUGAUCCAGUCUUCAGUCAUUCUGGUCACUGAUACACAUUCUGGCUGUUUGUAGCGAUCCAAAGUAUCAGUCUUCAAUAAACCGUUCCGCCAAAGGUUUUCAUUGAAUCGAGUCCCCCUUUAUAUCCACUUUAUGCUGCACUCUUUAGCUCUGGGGAAUUAAAUGGUUAAGAGCUAUGAUCUCAAUCUGUGUGCUCUCCGUGUCCCUUUCUCCCUAAGCUGCUCUUAACAGUCAACGCAGUGGAGGGAAAUGAAGGUGGAAAAACUCCCAUACUGAGAGAAUAACGUUUUUGGGACGUGCCUGGUUUGAGCAGCUCUGUGACAUGUAUUUGCAGUCCCAUACUGAAACUGACACACUCACACUGCUCCAGUGUCUGUCUCUCUCCCCCUCCCGCAUUGCUUCUCUUCUCAGCAUUCAUGAAGCUCCCUCCCUCAUCACACAAGGAUUAUUGUAGUAGCUAGCUAGCCGAUCAUCAAUACUUUGAAGGAAAUAGAAGAAAGAAGACAAAUGAUUAAAACAAGCCCCUUACUCCAUCUACAGACUCCGGCAUCAGACCAUUAAAUGAGCCUGACACACAUGCACACUCCCGCACACAUACACAUCCACAGGCUUCCAGUUCCUGUGCCUCUUAUUCCUCUCCCUCUUGUUCUCUGUAAUCUCAACAUUUAAACAGAUUUCUUCAGCAUCAGCUAAGGAUUUUUUCUACCUCAGUGGGAGGGAAAAGGCGAAAGAAUAACCAAAUCAGCAGCACCAGCCUCCUCUCUCUACUGAUCAUUACCAUCCGAUAGCUACAGUAUUCCUCAAGCCGUCUGAACGCUGGAUUGUCAUGUUGGACUUUCUUUUCCCUCACCCAGUCAUCAAAGCACCAUCAUUGCUUUACUUCUCUUAAUUCUCCACGAUUUGUAAAAGGGAUCAUUUGUAUGGCAUUGCUUUAAUACACCACCGGGAUCCAAUUGCUAUUUCUAUGGUGAUGAGGUUCAUAUUCUGAUUUAAACGUGACCAAGAUGGGAGUCAGGGAUUCCAGCAAAAAGAAGGAUUUCCUUCAUAGCUCUUGGAACGUGUGCCUGUGAUAGUGUCCUGCAGAGAUAGCCACAGAUUUGGAUUGGAAGGCCAAAUGACAUAGGAUGAAGGCUUUUCGUAAUUUGUUGAUUUAUAUAUUUUCCACCUAUCUACUGGUUAUGUUUGGAUUUAAUUCUGCCCAAGACUUCUGGUGUUCAACCUUAGUAAAAGGAGUCAUUUAUGGAUCGUAUUCGAUAGGCGAGAUGUUUCCCAAAAACUUUACCAACUGCACCUGGACGUUGGAAAACCCAGAUCCGACCAAAUAUAGCAUCUACCUGAAAUUUUCCAAAAAGGACUUCAGCUGCUCUAACUUUUCUCUUUUGGCUUACCAGUUUGAUCACUUCUCUUAUGAGAAAAUACAGGAUCUUUUGAGAAACAACAAUUCCAUAAUGCAAUUGUGCGAUACAAAGAAUGCCUUUGUUUUUCUGCACUAUGAUAAAAAUUUUAUUCAGCUACGUCGGAUAUACCCACUCGAUUACAAUGGAUUACACAAAAGGGAUGACGAAGACCAAAAAUCCUUUUUGGAGUUUCUGGUAUUGAAUAAGGUUAGCCCCAGUCAGUUUGGGUGCCACGUCCUGUGCACUUGGUUGGAGAACUGUUUGAAAUUGGAAAAUGGCAAAACGGAGCUUUGUGGAAUUAUGUAUACAAAAUGCACCUGUCCCCAGCAUCUGGGAGAAUGGGGGAUAGAUGAUCAGUCUUUGGUGUCACUAAACAAUGUUAUAUUACCCCUGAAUGAGCAGACUGAGGGCUGUCUGACACAGGAACUUCAAACUACACAGGUCUGCAACCUGUCCAAGGAAGCAAAACGCCCACCCAAAGAAGAAUUUGGAAUGAUUGGAGAUCAUACAAUUAAAAGUCAGCGACCAAGAUCUGUUCAUGAGAAAAGGGUCACCCAGGAACAAGCUGAUGCUGCUAAAUUUAUGGCACAAACUGGUGAAUCUGGUGUUGAAGAGUGGUCCCAAUGGAGUACAUGUUCAGUUACUUGUGGUCAAGGGUCGCAGGUGCGAACCAGAACUUGUGUACCACCUUACGGGACACACUGCAGCAGCCCCUUAAGAGAGACGAGGGUUUGCAAUAACACUGCCCUCUGUCCAGUGAAUGGAGUUUGGGAGGAAUGGUCACCUUGGAGUUUAUGUUCCUUUACAUGUGGAAAAGGCCAAAGAACAAGAACAAGGACCUGUACUCCUCCACAAUAUGGGGGGAGAUUGUGCGGUGGACCAGAAAUUCAGCAUAAGCCUUGCAAUAUUGCUCUUUGCCCUGUUGAUGGCCUGUGGCAGGAAUGGAGCGCUUGGAGCCAAUGCUCAGUAACAUGUUCCAAUGGCACGCAGAAAAGACAAAGAGAGUGUUCACCAGCAUCCCACGGCGGCUCGGAUUGCAAAGGACCUUAUAGUGAGACGAGAGAAUGUCACAAUCAGGAUUGUACAGCAAAUGGACAGUGGAACCAAUGGGGACCCUGGAGUGGUUGUUCCAGGUCAUGUGAUGGAGGUUGGGAGAAAAGAACACGGAGCUGCCAAGGAGUCACUAUUACUGGACAGCAAUGUGAUGGAUCAGGGGAAGAUGUCCAAAAAUGCAAUGAGCAGAGAUGUCCUGCUCCUUAUGAAAUCUGCCCUGAGGACUAUUUGAUGUCUAUGGUAUGGAAAAGAACCCCAGCUGGAGACCUGGCAUUCAAUCGAUGUCCUCUUAAUGCUACUGGCACCACUAGCAGACGCUGCUCGCUCAAUCUUCAUGGCGUAGCCUUCUGGGAACAGCCAAGCUUUGCAAGAUGCAUAUCAGCUGAAUACAGACACUUGCAGCUUUCAAUUAAAGAACAUCUUGCCAAGGGACAAAGAAUGCUGGCAGGGGAAGGAAUGUCUCAGGUGACUAAAACACUGCUUGAUUUAACUCAGAGGAAGCAUUUUUAUGCUGGGGAUCUUCUGAUCUCAGUGGAAAUCCUUAGAAAUGUCACAGACACUUUCAAGCGAGCGAGCUACAUCCCCGCAUCUGAUGGAGUGCAGAACUUCUUUCAAAUAGUUAGCAACCUCCUAGAUGAAGAGAACAAAGAAAAGUGGGAAGAUGCACAACAGAUUUACCCAGGCUCGAUAGAACUGAUGCAGGUCAUUGAAGAUUUUAUACACAUUGUCGGAAUGGGAAUGAUGGACUUUCAGAAUUCCUAUCUCACAACAGGAAAUGUAGUGGCUAGCAUCCAAAAGCUGCCGGCAUCAUCAGUGCUAACAGAUAUCACCUUCCCCAUGAGAGGCAGAAAAGGCAUGGUAGACUGGGCCAGGAACUCAGAGGACAAGGUGGUCAUACCAAAAAGCAUCUUUACGCCAAUGCCAUCUGAAUUGGAUGAAUCUACAGUAUAUGUACUUGGAGCUGUGUUCUAUAAAAACUUAGGCCUUUUUUUACCUUCAUUACGAAAUUUUACAGUGGUGAAUUCUAAGAUUAUCGUUGUCACUAUCUAUCCAGAGCCAAAAUAUGCAGAUUCCACAGUAGAAAUUGAACUCGCUCAUCUGAACAAUGUAAGUGGUACUCUGAAGCCAUACUGUGUUCUUUGGGAUGACUCAAAAUCGAACGACUCUUUGGGAACCUGGUCCACCCAAGGAUGUAAAACUGUGCUCACCGAUGCAUCCCAUACAAAAUGCUUAUGUGAUCGUCUCUCUACCUUCGCCAUUUUGGCUCAGCAACCUAGAGAAAUAAUCAUGGAAUAUUCAGGUACUCCUUCAGUCACCCUGAUAAUUGGUUGUGGUCUUUCUUGCCUGGCCUUGGUCACCCUUGCAGUUGUUUAUGCAGCACUAUGGAGAUACAUCAAAUCGGAGAGAUCAAUCAUUCUGAUCAACUUCUGUCUGUCCAUCAUCUCAUCCAACAUUCUUAUCCUUGUGGGCCAAACACAAGUACAGAAUAAGGGUAUUUGCACCAUGACCACAGCCUUCCUGCACUUUUUCUUCCUGGCAUCGUUCUGUUGGGUUUUGACAGAAGCUUGGCAAUCCUAUAUGGCCGUCACUGGGAAAAUUAGAACAAGAGUUAUUAGGAAACGGUUUCUGUGCCUCGGUUGGGGGUUACCAGCAUUAGUUGUGGCUAUAUCAAUGGGCUUUACCAAAGCAAAGGGAUAUGGCACACCACACUACUGCUGGCUGUCACUUGAAGGAGGUCUUCUAUAUGCCUUUGUAGGACCUGCUGCUGCUGUUGUCUUGGUAAACAUGGUAAUUGGAAUUUUGGUCUUUAAUAAACUUGUUUCCAGAGAUGGUAUCCUUGAUAAAAAGCUCAAACACAGAGCAGGUCAGAUGAGUGAGCCUCAUAGCGGUUUGACGCUCAAAUGUGCCAAGUGUGGAGUAGUUUCAACAACAGCUUUGUCAGCCACCACCGCCAGUAAUGCCAUGGCAUCCCUUUGGAGUUCUUGUGUUGUCCUCCCACUCCUGGCUUUGACGUGGAUGUCCGCUGUUCUAGCAAUGACAGAUAAGAGAUCGAUAUUGUUUCAGAUACUCUUUGCAGUAUUUGACUCAUUACAAGGAUUUGUCAUUGUCAUGGUUCACUGCAUUUUACGGAGAGAGGUCCAAGAUGCUUUCAGAUGUCGACUAAGAAACUGCCAAGAUCCAAUAAAUGCAGAUUCAUCAAGUUCCUUUCCCAAUGGACAUGCACAAAUCAUGCUCAGCUUUAAUGAAGAAAAAGGGCCGGUCUGCAAUACCACACAUAACCUGUGGUCAAAGACAGACUUUGAAAAAGACGUGGACAUUGCUUGUCGGUCAGUUUUACACAAGGACAUCGGUCCCUGCAGAGCUGCUACAAUAACAGGCACCCUCUCCAGGAUUUCGCUGAAUGAUGAGGAAGAGGAAAAGCCAAUAAACCCAGAAGGAAUGAGCUACUCUACCUUGCCAGGAAACAUCAUUUCUAAAGUUAUUAUUCAACAACCAUCUGCUUUGCACAUGCCCAUGAGUAUGGGAGAGAUGGCUGAUCAGUGUCUGAAAAAAGAGAAUAGUGAAUUAAGACGAACUGUGUACUUAUGCACAGAUGACAACCUCAGAGCAGGAGACAUCGAUAUGGUCCAUCCCCAGGAGCGGAUGAUGGAGAGUGACUAUAUUGUAAUGCCAAGAGGCUCUGGGAACAUGCAGUCACAAAUGAAAGAUGAAAAUAAAAUGAACAUAGCUAUGGAUACAUUGCCUCAUGAGAGGCUAUUACACUACAAAGUCAGUCCUGAAUUUAGCAUGAAUCCAGCUGUAAUGGAACAAUUUGGUAUAAAUUUAGAUCAGCAUCUUGUGUCUCAAGAACACAUGCAGAGCCUUCCUUUUGAACCUCGCACAGCAGUAAAGAACUUCAUAGCCUCAGAGAUGGAUGACAGUGCAGGAUUAUCAAGGAGUGAAACAGGUUCUACAAUAUCUAUGAGCUCCCUAGAGAGAAGAAAAUCUCGGUAUUCUGACCUUGACUUUGAAAAGGUCAUGCAUACUAGAAAGAGACAUAUGGAGCUAUUUCAGGAAUUAAACCAGAAAUUCCAAACUCUGGACAGAUUUCGGGAUAUACCAAAUACUGGAAGUAUGGAUAACCCAGCAGUAAACAAGAAUCCAUGGGACAGUUUCAAAAGUCCAAGUGAAUAUCAACACUAUACAACAAUAAAUGUACUAGAUUCAGAAGCAAAAGAUUCUUUAGAACUUAGACCCUCGGAAUGGGAGAAGUGUCUAAAUUUGCCUUUAGAUGUACAGGAAGGCGACUUUCAAACAGAGGUUUAAUAUUACUAUAAAAAAAAAGACUGAAAGAAGAAAACAAGUCAUUUGCACUGACAAAAAAAAAAAACUUUAGAAGCCUGGCACUUGGACUUUUGUGACUAAUUCAUGUCAGGAACUUCAUGUGCCAAAUGUCAGUGUUCUUUAUUUUUAUUUUAUUUUUUCGUUUUAUUUUAUUUUUUUCUUUUCAAUUUCUUGUCUACUCUCGCUAGAAAAUCUAGUGCAGAACCAGGUGUACAAAUCUUACCAUCAUGUGUUGUAAGUACCCGUGGAAUGGAUUUGUAAGGUAAUCUUUAUAGAUCAACCUCAAACAACAAUUCAUGUUGUAACAGCUUCAUUUGGUUUAGUUUUCAAAAAACUUCACCAUGAAGCACAAUGUAUAUAUGCAGUUUUUAAAAUUUAUAACAGUCUGUUUGGCCAUUACUACACUUUUUACUUUAUAAUAUAAAAAAAAAGCAAAAUUUUUGUCAUUAAAUGAAUGUUUGUUGAGCUAUGUUCUUCAUUGCUUUAAAUGCAAUAAAGUAAUAAUCUCACUUUUAUAUGAAUAAUAUAUUUCACAUCUUUAUUAUUGCAGUUUUAUCUUGGAAGCUCAUGGUGGCUUUCCCUGCUGCAGCUCUGUAUAAAAUAUUUAAAAUGUUGUAUGGUGUAAAUAAACUUUUGUCUACA